AUGCCACUACAUCUAGCAUGCGCCCGGAGCUCUCUAGAUGUGAUCAAGAUUCUAGUCGGUACGGAUGAUGAUACUUAUGUCGACCAUGAAAUGGAUGGCGCUCUAUUCCAGACAGCAUGCUUUAGAAAGGAUGACGAAAGGUCAGGUGUACUCACCUACCUAUUGGAGACUACUGAAGCUAUUGGUCGUCAGAGCAGCGACCGGUGGGGAAGCAACAUCCAUACUGCCUGCCUAGUGGCCGAUUUGAACACUGUAAAAUCGCUCCUUAAGCGCGGUGCGGAUAUCAACUCCGAGGACAAGACCGGGCAAAGGCCAAUUCACAAUGCCCUGUUUCGGACACGGGACUUUGUCAAGCUUCUUCGAGAAGAAGGCCGAGAAAGGGGAAUUGAGCUCUUCCUCGAAGACAGAAUGCAUCGGAACGCAUUCCACUUCGCGGUUGGGAAUGGUCGGCUUGAUCUGGUCAAGUACAUUAUCGAAGAACGGCCAGAAUUAGCCACACAGGGGGACUGCGACGGCUGGACGCCACUAUUCUGGGCACUUCGAGAAUGUCUUCACUGGGACACGGAAUCAUCUGAACGCAGCGCCAUAAUUAAGGAGUUGAAAGCUCGUGGCGCGGAUGUCACGAUACCUGACCGCGGUAAGGUGCUAGACAGAGUAUGGACACCAUACUAUGUGGCCACGUACUACGGACUCCCUGCCAACAUUAUUGAGCUCUUAGAUCCUCCGUCUCAGCUAGUCUAUGAGACCAAAAAGGCGAGCCUAUGUGACGACAGCAGUUUUUGUGAUAUUUGCCUAAUAGGCAUUGUCGGGCUAUAUUACAUCUGUAUUGAAUGUUCUAGUUUUCUGGUGUGCUUCAAAUGCUAUGGUUCUAGAGACAUAGUACAUCUAGAACAUAGGCUCGCGGUAACAAAUGAAGGCGAAGAAUAUGUGUCCAAUGAGGAAGAGUCUGUGGACAAUGACACCGACGACGCCGAUGAAGCCUUACUUUCAUCAAGUUCUGAAGAGGGAAUAGGGAUGGGUGAUGAUACGUGGGAGGCUGACAGUAGCGGCGACGACCGAGAAAGCGUAGUUUCGGGGGGCAUAGAAAAGGUGGCACUCUAA